UGAAAGCUUCAUGCUUAUUAAUUUUUGAUUAUUUUACAUGUACAAUUUUACACAAAAAUGAAUAUUAUUUAGUUUAAUAUAUAGUACUUACAAGUUGUGAUGUUUAGAAAUAGAGUUGUGAUGUUUAUAAAUAUGUCAAAAACAUGAUAAUACGUUUUGUCUGAAAUUGAUUAACGUUUUGGUGGAUAUCAGUUUGACAAAACUUUAUUAUUUCUUAGCCAUGGAAUUGAGGGCUUUAAUAUGUAGAGGCCGAAGAAAGAAGAUUGCUGUCCUUAUAUUUAUUUUAAUUUUUCUCAUAAACGCUAUGGUAUUCGUUAGCUUUGAACUAUAUAAUACGAUUAAAAGACGACACAAAAGUCCAUGGUAUAAGAGAUUACACUAUGACCAGAAUUCAUAUGUAGAUAAAAGUGGCAUGAGAGUUAUAGUUGGGCACUAUGUUGGAGGUAAUUCUGGAGGUAACUUGUCACAAGAAAUAGUAAAUGCUAACAACUAUGCUCCAGUCCAAGGAGCAGGUGAAGGUGGGAGACCAGUCCAGCUCUCCCCAAGGGAAAUUAUAACAGCAAGAGAACUUUAUACACUGCAUUCAUAUAACAUAUUAGUUGGCGAUAGAAUUUUCAUAAAUAGAAGUCUUCCAGAUGUAAGAAGUGAGAGCUGUAAAGAUGUGCAAUAUAAUAUUGAAGAUUUGCCAACAGCUAGUGUGAUAAUAGUGUUUCAUAAUGAAGCCUGGUCCACUCUGAUGAGAACUGUGAUGUCUGUAAUAUUAAGGUCCCCACCAGUGUUAUUAAAACAGAUCAUUCUAGUAGAUGAUGCAAGUGAUAGAAAAUAUUUAGGUAAAGAAUUAGAAGAUGCUGUCUCGAAAUUAGAAAAUGUACAUAUUUUGAGAAGUACACAGAGAAAAGGUCUUGUUGGUGCUAGAUUAAUGGGUGCAAGAUAUGCUACAGGAGAUGUUUUAGUGUUCUUAGAUGCUCAUUGUGAGGUAACACCGGGAUGGUUAGAGCCGUUGUUAGACAGAGCGGGCAGCGAUGAUGUUUUCAUUUGUCCUCAUAUUGAUCUGCUAUCGGAGGAUACUUUUGCAUACACGAAAAGUAUCGACGCUCACUGGGGUGCUUUCAGUUGGCGCUUGCAUUUCCGUUGGCUAAUGCCCAGCACUGAAGUGAUGAAGCAAAAAGCAGAACAUCCUUCUAAACCGUAUCCGUCGCCAGCGAUGGCCGGAGGUCUGUUUGCUGUCACAAAAAGUUUGUUUUGGAGAUUGGGGGGGUAUGAUGAGGGUAUGAUGAUUUGGGGUGCAGAAAAUUUAGAACUAUCCUGGAGAGCCUGGCAAUGCGGGGCGAGGGUUGAAAUAACACCAUGUUCACGUGUCGGUCAUAUAUUUAGAAGGCAUAGUCCGUACAAAUAUCCCGGUGGAGUCUCCAAAGUGUUGAAUUCGAAUUUAGCUCGUGCUGCGACAGUGUGGAUGGACGAAUGGGCGGAUUUCUUUUUCAAAUUCAAUCCAGCGGUCGCAGUGAUACGAGAUGAACAAAAUGUAGGUGACAGAGUACAGCUGCGACGAGAUUUGAAAUGUAAGAGUUUUGAAUGGUAUUUAACGAAUGUAUGGCCUCAACAUUUCUUUCCCACUAUGGAUAGGUGGUUUGGUAGGAUUCGUAAUGACAAAGGAGGUUGUAUAGGGGUGAUAUCCAGUACGCCGGGUCUAGGUGGUCCUGCGUCUAAAGUACACUGCGGCAGUGACUUAGACCUAGACAGUCUUGUAGUAUACACAACUGAAGGUAGAAUAAUGGCCGACGAAGGGUUAUGUUUAGAACAAGGAAAUGGUAGAGCUGUAUGGAAAGGUUGUAGUGAUAAUAAAAAACAAAUUUGGAAACAAAAAGGACCGAGAUUGAAGACUAUCGAUGGCCUUUGUUUAACAUCUUUAAUGAAAAGCAGCUCUAACGAAACAGAGAAUCCGUUAACAUCUAAAAAAUGUUUGAAAAUUGAUGAACAAAUAUGGCACUUCGAAAGAGUUCCCUGGAGAUGAAAUUUUAUCAAAAACAUAUCAAAAGGUUGUAUUAAUGCUAAGAAACAAGUUUAUUGUUUUAAAAUGAAUUGCUACUUAUUCUAUUGAAAGUAGUUUGUAGUUAUUUUUAAGUAUAAUAUAUAUUGACUAAAAGACAAGGUAUUAAUUUUUUCGAUAUUUGUCAUAAGACUGCAAGUGAAAAGAAAUAUAUUAAUUUAAUAUUCAAUUGUGAAAUUAAUCUAGAUCUAGACUGAUUUUAUUUUUUAUUUCUUCGACCUAAUUUGUGUAUUAUAAAACAGUGCCGACCGUUACUGAUAGAUAAGUCAAAGAAAUAACUCAAUGAUGUGCAGCAAAACUUAUUGAUUUUAAAUUUUCUUUAUAUGAAUAAUAGAAUCUCAGUAACUCAAAUGAAACGUUCUAUUCUACUUAUAGUUCUAUAUAUUAUAAUUAUGAACAUAAUGUAAUUGGAUGAAACAACCAAUGACAUUU